AUGUUCGCCGUUCCAGGAUGGUCGCUGGAGAGCUCUGCGCUCAAGCAGCAGUCUCAACCAGCGCAAGCCCAAACCGAGUCCCAGCCGACCAACGAUGGCGCAACGCCCAAUGGCAAGAACAAGGACAAGAAGCGCAAGCGUGAUCAUGUCACCUCUGGCAAUGUCAACGAGAUGUACCGCAAGCACAUCGAGGGCGAAUCUGAAAAGCCCUGGAAGAAAAAGAAGCAGGAAAAGCAGGCAUCUGCUGCUGCGGCUGCUGCGGCUGCUGCUUCUCCCAAGACCGACAAAGAGGAGGUGAACAAGGUCGCCGCUGAUUCUGUUCAAGAGGAGGGUCAGGGCAAGAAGAAGAAGCAGAGGAAGAACAAGAAGAACAAGGACAACGAUACCCAAGAGGACAAGGCAGACGGUGCCGCACCUGCUCAAUCGACCACCUCUGCGGCGAGCGCCCUUGCGGCCCCGCCAACGACAAACGCAACCCUUACCCCUCUCCAGCAGGCUAUGCGCCAGAAGCUGAUUUCCUCUCGAUUCCGCCACCUGAACGAAACUCUGUACACCACCGACUCCUCCAAAGCCGUCGAGCUGUUCAACGCGAAUCCCGAGUUGUUCGACGAGUACCACGCUGGUUUCUCCCGCCAGGUCAAGGAAUCAUGGCCCUCUAACCCCGUCGAUGGCUAUAUCCAGGCCGUCCGUCGUCGUGGGGCUGUGCCUGUGCCCAAAAGAGGCAAGCCUCUCCCUAACAAGGCUCUGCCUCUGCCCCGUAGACCCAAUGGAGUCUGCAGCAUUGCCGAUCUGGGCUGUGGUGACGCCGCACUUGCUCGCAACCUGACACCAUCUGCCAAGAAGCUCAACCUGAAGCUGAACAGCUAUGACCUUCAGUCCCCCGACCCUCUCAUCACCAAGGCCGACAUCUCUAAACUUCCCGUGGAGGACGGUUCCAUGGAUGUGGCCAUCUUCUGUCUCAGUCUGAUGGGUACCAACUGGGUCUCCUUCGUUGAGGAGGCAUGGCGCGUGCUCCGCGGCGACGGAAAGGGCGAGUGCUGGGUUAGUGAAGUGAAGAGUCGCUUUGGCAAAGUCACCCGCAAGAAGUCCAUGAUCGGCGCACAGAAACCGCUCAGCAAGACUCAGCAGAAGAAGCAGAAGAAGAGCAAGAAGGAUGACGACUCUGAUAUCGACGAGGCGGACAUCUUUGCUGAAGAUGCCCGUCCUCCUGCCGAUGAUGACGAGACGGAUAUCUCGGCAUUUGUCGAGGUCUUCCGUACUCGUGGCUUCGUGUUGCGCCCGGAGUCGGUGGACAAGUCCAAUAAGAUGUUUGUCAAGAUGGAGUUUGUGAAGCAGGGCGGCGCCCCAAUCAAGGGCAAGCAUGCUACUGGAUUGAGUGCAACGGCUCCUGGUGGAAAGAAGCGGUUCGUAGACCGCAAGCCGGCGGCUGACAGUGGCAUGAACUCUGAGCAGGAAGCCCAAGUGCUGAAGCCUUGCGUGUAUAAGAUUCGGUAG